GGCGCCUGUGCCGCGGUGGGAAGGGGCGGGCACUCGGGGCCGCCGCCGCUUCCCCUCCGCCUCGGAGCGCCGCCCCGGCCGGCCCCGCUUCGGAGCUGCGCGCCAGGGGCGGGGCGGCUCGGGAAGCAGUGCCAGGAGGUGAAGGGCCGAACGCCGAGCCUGUGCUCCGCUCCCCUGGGCUCCCCGAAUGUGAGCAUUAUGGAGAAGAAAAGAUGUUGCCAUCAACAUUAUAACACUGUCAUAGAAUUUCUCUAAAGACUAGGGAAUACUGCUGGUGUUGUGCAUUCUGGAAAUACGUUUUACUACAUAUACCACCAAGGCUUUGCAAACAGGAUGGACAUGCUGCUGUUGACUGCUUACUGACAGUAACCAGCUGGGCACUUCAUUCAUGAUGUUUUCAUUCUCACAUUGUCCAACGGGAAUUUGCUUACACUGAUUUUUAAAAAGAGGAAUAAAUCAAAGUGGAGUACCGUAAACUUGACAUGGAAAAUAAAAAGAAGGACAAAGACAAACCAGAUGAAAGAAUGGCACGGCCUAGUGGGAGAUCAGGCCAUAAUUCACGUGGAACUGGUUCUUCAAAUUCCGGAGUGUUAAUGGUUGGCCCUAACUUCAGAGUUGGUAAAAAAAUUGGAUGCGGUAAUUUUGGAGAGCUGCGAUUAGGAAAAAAUUUAUACACAAAUGACUAUGUGGCAAUUAAGCUGGAGCCAAUGAAGUCGAGAGCACCACAGCUACAUUUGGAAUACAGAUUCUACAAGCAGCUAGGAUCUGGAGAUGGAAUACCUCAGGUUUAUUAUUUUGGCCCAUGUGGCAAAUAUAAUGCUAUGGUGCUAGAACUACUUGGACCUAGUCUGGAAGAUUUAUUUGACUUGUGUGGUAGGACAUUUUCUCUUAAAACCGUUCUUAUGAUAGCCAUACAGUUGAUUUCUCGUAUGGAGUAUGUCCAUUCAAAGAACUUGAUAUACAGGGAUGUAAAACCUGAGAACUUCUUAAUAGGACGACCUGGAAACAAAACCCAGCAAGUUAUUCACAUUAUAGACUUUGGUUUGGCGAAGGAGUAUGUAGAUCCAGAAACAAAGAAGCACAUACCAUAUCGGGAACACAAGAGCCUUACAGGAACUGCUAGAUACAUGAGUAUAAAUACUCAUUUAGGAAAAGAGCAAAGUAGAAGAGAUGAUUUGGAAGCUUUGGGUCAUAUGUUUAUGUAUUUUCUCAGAGGAAGUCUUCCAUGGCAAGGUUUAAAGGCGGAUACGUUAAAAGAGCGUUACCAGAAAAUUGGAGACACUAAACGAGCAACUCCUAUAGAAGUAUUGUGUGAAAACUUCCCAGAGGAAAUGGCUACUUACCUACGUUAUGUAAGAAGGUUAGAUUUUUUUGAAAAGCCAGACUAUGACUACUUAAGAAAGCUCUUCACAGACUUACUGGAUCGGAAAGGCUAUACAUUUGAUUAUGAAUACGACUGGAUUGGCAAACAGUUGCCUACUCCAGUGGGUUCAAUACAUUCAGACCCUGCAAUGUCUUCAAACAGAGAAGCAUGUCAGCACAGAGACAGAAUGCAGCAAUCCAAAAAUCAGUCAACAGACCACAGGGCAGCUUGGGACUCACAGCAAACCAAUACACAUCAUUUGAGGGCUCACCUGGCAUCCGACAGACAUGGUGGCUCUGUACAGGUAGUAAGCUCAACAAAUGGAGAGCUGAACACGGAUGACCCAACUGCAGGCCGUUCAAAUGCACCCAUCACAGCUCCUGCAGAAGUAGAAGUAACAGAUGAAACAAACUGCCAGAAAGUGUUGAACAUGUGUUAUGUAACUCUCAGAGCAGUUCUGGUCUGCCUCUGCCCACUGCUACUUUUUCAGUGACUGAACGACAGGGUGCCUUGGAUAUUUGGAGAAGGUGCUGCUGCUUAUUCAAGCGGAGGAAAAGGAAAACCAUCCAGCGCAACAAAUGACUAGAACCAAACAGAACAUGGGAAAAUGCUUAUUUGUUCAACUAUUGUCUUGUGAUCUUAAAAAAAACCCAACAACAAAACCCAAAGCAAAAACCUCCAUAAUAAACACAUUUUCCGAGGACUCCCUGAAAAACAAUAUCAUGCCUCUGUGCUUUGAUUUGUUUCCUCUGCAUCCAUUUUCUGUUUCUUUAAUUCAUCUGUUCUGAAAGCUUUAAGAUACUCUCACAUAGGAGUGCUUCUUUGACCAUCAACCAUGGACCCAUGAAAUGAUAGCAAGUGAACAGUAUCUUGAGCAAAACUGAACUUGAGGAGUAUUUCUUCUUUCCUAGGAAAUAGCAGUGUCUUAGAGGAAGACGGAUGUCAUAAAUCAGUUAUUUGACUUUGUAGCAGUGUAUCUAAAGCGGUUUUCUUCAAAAAUGAAGAACUGGUACACAACCAUACUGCGAAAUAAUAAAAUCUCAAGAUUUAUUUUA